AUGACAAGAUUUCAAGAGAAUAGAAAGAAGGCAGAGAAAUUUAGAAGUCAUGGAAGCGUAUGUCCGAAUCCAAGACGGAGGUUGGACAAAGAAGUUAGUCAAUCACGAAAGUGGGUUGCACGACAAGCAAGAGAAUUUGAAUUUGAGGCCUCGUGUUACUCGCACAAAUUUUCAGUUGACCUUGCUAGUAAGAGUUGUACUUGUAGAUGGUGGGAUUUAACUGGAAUACCUUGCAGGCAUGCAGUUAGUUCAAUUUAUGCAAAAAGAAAAGACCCUCAUGAUUAUAUUCAUCCCUACUUGAAGAUAGAUGCUUAUGUUGAGUGUUACUCUCCCGUGGUGAAGCCAAUUAAUGGACAAGAAAUGUGGGAAGUAACAAAUAAGGAGGAGAUGGACCCUCCGUCCUAUCAUAGAAGACCAGGAAGACCUCCAAAAUUAAGAAAAAGAGCACCUGAUGAGCCUUUCCAACCUAAUAAGAUUCGAAGGACAUCCUCAAGACUUCGUUGUUCUUACUGUAAAAACUAUGGGCAUAAUAGAAGAACAUGCAGUGCCAGUAGAAGUUCACAACAAGAGUCUACCAGUACAACACCUCCAUCACAACCCUAA